AUGAACCUGGAUGCUUUAUUCCAGCAAAUACAGGCCACAGAGAAGCAGGCAAGGGAGAAGAGGCGCCUCAUCCAACAAGCUAAAUUUGACAUAAAUAGAAGUUAUGAAAAAAUUAACCAAAUAAAAGAAGAGCUGAGCACUGCAAAAAUUAAAUUAGAAUCUAAGGUUCAGCAUCUGUCUGAAAAACAGUUCUACUUAGAAAUUCUGAAGAAACAUGAAGACAGCUUAGAAAAACAGAAAGCUGAACUUCUUAAUCAAAAAAGCAGUCUUCUUAAAGUCUUUACAGAUGCAAAGAGAAAAAUGACUGAAGAGGAAGAUAAUUUUACUAGAGAAGUAACAGAGUUUAACAAUGAGUAUGGACUAACAAGUAAUAGAGAUCUUCUGAUUAAAAAAAAAGUCAAGACUGAAAUAAAUGAUUUAGAGAAUGAGGCAGCUCAGUUGAAAAAUGAAAUGGAGUCAAUGGAACAUAAAAAUGUUCAGUUAAAUGCACUCCAGCUGCAGAAGAAUGAACUAAAGCAGGAUUUAUUUACUCUCCAAAGCAAACUCAAAGACCUUGAGGAAUUAAUCAGGGAAGCUGAAAGAAUGACGAAAGAUUUAGAAGCAGAAAAAGUCCAAGUCACUGAAAAAUGUCAGACUGAUCCUGAAUGUUUAAGGCUUAAGAAAGAAUUGGAAAAUUGCAAAGAUGAUGAUUGGGAGAGUAUCUGUGAGACUCUUCGAACAGAAAUUGAAAUUCUGCAAAUGAAUCUAUCAAAAAAAGAGUCUUCAGACAAGUGA